GUGAAGGAGAAAUCAAAUUAAAGACUCUGCCACAGGAAGAGUAUAGUGUCCAAAUGGCACAUGCAAAUAAUAAGGGUAAAGUUUGUGUCACUGGAGGCACAGGUUUUCUUGGUUCAUGGCUCGUCAAAACACUCCUUGAGGAUGGUUACACUGUUAACACCACUGUUAGAUUUGAUCCAAACAAGAAGAGAGACAUAAGCUUCCUCACAAAGCUAUCAAAAGCAUCAGAAAAGCUAAAAGUAUUCAAUGCAGAUUUAAGCAAGCCAGAGAGUUUCAACGAAGCAAUUGAAGGUUGCAUGGGGGUAUUCCACGUGGCAUCACCAAUAGACUUUGCAGUGAAGGAAGCCGAAGAAACAGUGACAAGGAGAAGCAUUGAUGGAGCCUUAGGGAUCCUAAAAGCAUGCAAGAAUUCAAAGACAGUGAAGAGGGUGGUUUACACUUCAAGUGGCUCAGCUGUUUGCUGCAAAGAAGAAUCUGAGGAGGAGGAGGAUGGUUUUGAUGAGAGUAGUUGGAGUGAUGUUGAGUUUCUUAGGAAAUUCAAGCCGUUUUGUUGGUCCUAUGCGGUUUCAAAGACAUUGACGGAGAAAGCUAUGCUUCAGUUUGGAGAAAACAAUGAUUUGGAAGUUGUUUCUUUGGUUGCUCCUCUUAUUGUUGGACCAUUCAUCUCUCCAAAGCUUCCUGAUUCGGUUGAGAAAGGACUUGUUUUGGUGUUAGGUAAGAAGGAUAAAAUUGGGAUUACACGUUUCCACAUGGCGCAUGUUGAUGAUGUAGUUAGAGCACAUAUAUUCUUGCUUGAGCACCCUAACCCUAAAGGGAGAUACAUUUGCUCACCAUUUUUCAUAGAUAUUCAAGAAAUGGCUAAAAUUCUUUCAGCCAUGUACCCAGAAUUUGAAAUACCAGCAACACAUGAGGUGAAGGAAAUUAAGGGGUUCAAGCUACCACGUCUAAUCUCAAACAAACUCAUAGAUGCUGGAUUUGAGUUCAAGAAUAGCAUUGAGGAUAUGUUUAAGGAUGCAAUUGAAUGCUCCGUGGAUAAAGGAUUUCUUUGAGAUCUCUAGUUCUCUACUAAAGCCAUUAAUUAAUAAGUUAAGAAAAGAAUAAUAACUUCACUAUCUAAGACAAUGACUAAAAGUGGUUUAAUAAGCAAUAAUUCAUAGAAGAUGGCAAAUAAUGUCUAAAUGUUUAAUCAUCUGAACCCUAGUUGUGAGACAUACUAUAAAUUAUUAUGCUGUGUCGCAUAUAUAUGUGUGUGAUGUUAUAUGUACAAUUCUUUUUUAGU